UUAAAACCCAAACAGGCCACACCUAAUCUCCAUCUUGCUGCUUCAAUGCCCCCACCAAAGCCAUGAGAAUUUGUUGAACCUUCACUCACUCCCACUCACUCGCUCACUCACUCACUCACCUCUGUUCAUCUUUUUGUCUCUAGUCCUAGAAGAAAAUGGGAAGAAAGCUUGGGCUCACCUCCCUCUUCUACAAGACUAAAGAUCCAAGAAGCUUCUCUUCAUGGCACUGGCCUUCUUGCAAGCAAGCAAGGACAAACUCCUUCAGAAUUGGAGAUGAAGCAGUGCACCAAGGAGAUAAUAAAAGCAUGGACUCAGUGGAGCGUGUAAUACAUGGGUUGAGAUCUGCAGACAGGCUCUUCUUUGAGCCUGGUGGGACAAGUUCAAUCAUGGAAGAUGCUAGAGCAGCCAUGAGAGUCCCAUUUGAAGGGAGCCAUGCAGUGGCAAUUGAGUCAGAUGACCCUUACCAUGACUUCAGAGCUUCAAUGGAGGAGAUGGUGGUGGCUCAUGGAGUUAAAGGAUGGGGGUGGCUUGAGGAGCUCUUGGGUUGGUACUUGAGAGUCAAUGGCAGGAAGACUCAUGGUUUCAUUGUUGGAGCUUUUAUGGAUUUGCUUCUCAUGCUUGCUUCUCCUCCUCCUUCUACUUCUUGUUCUUCAACUUCUUUUUCCUUUGAGAUUGAAGAGUUGGAACAAGAGCAAGAGGAAGAAGAUGAAGCCAGUGAUCUGUCAUCUUAGUUAAUUAAAUUAACUUCAUUUGAUUAAUCACAGCAAACUCAUCUUAUCUGUAAUGUAAUUUUUUCUUUUCUUUUUUUCCCCCUUUUUAAUUUUGAUGUAUGAGUGGCUGGAUUUGUCACUAUGUGAUGCAGGUUGUGACCAAGGCCAGUUCUGGCACUGGUACAAGAAAGCUGAAAGACAGGGCUGGUCCAUUGUUUUCCUCUUUCAUUUCUACAUAAAGAUACUGUUCCUUGUGGUCCUCUCACUGUAUACUUAUCUGCCUCUUAUUGAAACAUCAAGCCACUAAUACUUGGAAGUACAUGCAACUCUACUACUGAUGAAAUAUUUUGCAUUGAAGUGUGGGCAAUCUUAUCUGAGGGAGGUUUACAGACAUAUAUGCAUGAUAAGAAUCUAGGGUGGUGAAGGAUAGUGGAUUGGGUUUGCAGGUUUUUUGGCAACCAUGAAUCUGGUGGUACUCAAUUUUGAAAUCCAUAUAGGCUGUAGCACAGCACAUUCAUGUGUUUUUAAUGCACAAGUCUCCUUUGUCAAUGAAGGCCUCUGUUUUGUACUGCAGACAUACAUCAUUAUCUGC